GUCAAGUGGAUAUGACCUGCAGUUUCCACCCUGGUUCAAGUUCGGUGCAGCCACAUCAGCCUAUCAGACAGAAGGAGCCUGGAAUGUAAGUGAUAAAGGAGAGGGCAAAUGGGACCGCUUGACGCACAAAUACCCAGAAGUUAUUUCGGAUCGCAGUAACGGAGAUGAUGCCACUAACUCCUACUAUCUAUGGAAAAGGGACAUCGAAAUGGUGGAAGAAUUGGGCUUGCAUUUUUACCGAUUCUCCAUAAACUGGCCCCGUGUUCUUCCCACUGGUUUUGCGAACAACAUCAGUGAGGAUGGAAAGAACCAUUACGAUAACAUGAUCAAUGGUCUUCUGGCGAAGGGCAUUGAGCCCAUUGUCAGCAUGUACCAUUGGGAAAUGCCACAACUGCUGCGAGAUCUUGGGGGUUGGGCCAACCCAAAGAGUCCUGACUGGUUUGCGGACUACGCAAGGGUUUUAUACAAUCUCUACGGAGACCGUGUGAAGACCUGGAUCACAAUCAACGAGCCUGUAUCUGAAUGUGACUUCUAUUACGGCAGGGGUAUCCUGGAACCACAGUUGGACUACUAUAUUGCUCCUUACUUGUGUAAUAAGAAUAUUCUUCUCGCCCAUGCUAAGGCCUGGAGAAUAUAUGAUGAGGAGUUCAGGUAUAGGCAUAAUGGUAAAGUAUCAAUCGCAAACAACUUAAUGUGGAUAAUGCCAUACUCUGAAAAAGACGAGCAUUUAGCAGAAAUGGCUAGGCAAUUUAACACUGGCCGUUAUGCUCACGCAAUAUUUUCGAAGGAAGGUGGAUGGCCACCCUACGUAGAAGAGAUUAUAGCAGAAAGGAGCAGAGAACUAGGUUUUAAUGAAUCCAGGCUGCCAGCCUUCACAAGACAUGAAAAAGAAUUCAUUAGAGGAACUUAUGACUUCUUCGCCUUAAACUACUAUACGACGAAGUUAGCGAGACCACCCAUGCCUUGGGACAGUGGAGAGAAGACCUUCGUGAAUUACGUCUUUGACCUGGAGGCCGCGUUAGACGUUGAUCCUCACUGGCAAUUUAGUGAAAACCCCAGUUUGCCGGUGUAUCCAGAAGGUCUUCGACGGCUACUGCACUGGCUGCGCCUACAGUAUGGUGACUUGGAAUUCUUCAUCACAGAGAACGGGUACGGCUCUCGAGGGUCCAAUCUCAAUGAUAAUGGACGGGUUUCAUUCAUCAGACGCCAUUUAGAGCAGAUCUCGCUGGCAAUACAGGAUGGGAUUAACGUGAGCGCAUACACCUACUGGUCCCUCAUGGAUAACUUCGAAUGGAGUGACGGUUAUCAGAUGAAGUUUGGUCUAUACGAGGUAGACUUUUCUGAUCAUCUGAGAAAGCGCAUGCCGCGCAAAUCAGCGAUCUAUUUCGCCAACAUCAUCAAACGACACUCAUUUGCUGUGUUAGCGGGGGCGUGUAGUACUCAGGACCUGAGUUUCCCACCCGGGUUCAUAUUUGGAGCAGCUACAGCCUCCUAUCAAGUGGAGGGAGCCUGGAAUGAAGGAGGUAAAAGUGAAAACACGUGGGACCGUUAUGUUCAUGAAGAUCCAACCAGAAUCAAGGAUCUGACCAAUGGGGACGUCGCUUGUGACUCCUAUCAUCAAUGGAAGAGGGAUAUCGAAAUGGCGGAAGAGUUAGGACUACAUUUUUAUAGAUUUUCUCUAUCCUGGUCCCGUAUCCUCCCGUCUGGUUUCCCGAACAUAAUCAAUGAGGAAGGCAAGAACUACUACAACAACCUGAUCGAUGGUCUUCUGGAGAAGGGCAUACAACCCAUGGUGACCAUAUACCACUGGGACUUACCACAGUCGCUUCAGGAUCUUGGUGGCUGGGCCAACCCUCUCAUAGUGGACUGGUUCGUAGACUACGCCCGCGUCGCUUACACCCUUUUCGGAGACCGGGUGAAGGUCUGGAUCACCAUCAACGAGCCUCUGGUCUUCUGCGACGGGGUCUACAACUCGGGACGGUUCGCCCCCUUAAUAUACAGCCCAGAAGUUGGGGCUUAUCUGUGCAAUAAAUACGCUUUGCUGGCCCACGCAAAAGCUUGGAGACUGUAUGACCAGGAAUUUAAGCCGAAAUAUCAUGGCAAGGUAUCAUUAGCAAACCAAAUGGUAUGGUUUGAACCAUACGACUCAACGGAGGAGCACAUAGAAUUGGCAGAGUUGGCAAGACAGAACAGUAAUGGCAGAUACGCCCAUCCCAUCUACUCCAAAGCAGGCGGCUGGCCGCCUUCCAUAGAGAAAGUCCUUGAGGAGGUCAGCUUAAAGAGAGGAUACUCCAAGUCUUCGUUACCAGCUUUUACACAGGAAGAGAUUGAGCUUAUGAAGGGAACAUAUGACUACUUCGCAAUGAAUUACUACACGACCAGGUUAAUCCGUAAGGCGAGGGAAGGUGAGAAGUUCACAGCCUGGCCUCUUGGAGACUGUAUUGAUCUCAACGCCAUCAUUGAGAAGCAGGAAGAUUGGCCCGUUGCUGAGUCUUUUUGGUUUUAUGUAUUCCCUGAAGGUUUUCGUCGUCAGCUCAACUGGAUGAAGCAGCAAUAUGGUGACUUGGAGAUUAUUAUAACGGAGAACGGCAUCUCAACCGCAGGAGGACUUGAUGACCAGGAGAGGAUUCAGUAUUACAAGGAUCAUUUAGAGCAGAUUCUGCUGGCAGUAAAAGAAGAUGGUCUGAAUGUGACAGGCUACUGCGCGUGGACUCUUAUGGAUAACUUCGAAUGGGGAGAUGGAUUGGCGGUCAAAUUCGGGCUAUAUGAAGUGGACUUCUCAGAUCCUAUGCGUAAGCGCACGCCUCGUGCGUCUGCGCGUUACUACAGUGAUAUUAUCAGUAGCCACUCGCUUGAUAUACCUACCGACCUUUCAGGGUACAAAGAUACAAAAAAGGUACAAGUAGUAUAGAUAAGAAUUGUACAAAGGCUUUAAUGUUAAUAAAUAUUUAAAAUCAGA